AGGAUUUCGAGAUUUGAAAUUGAAGCACCAACCAAAACACAUCACCAUGGCCAAGCACGGGAGUAAGCAGCGGAACGCGGCGGCGCACCCGUCUAAGUCAGGCAAGAAGAAAGGAGGGUUUGACAAGAAGAAAGGAAGCUUCGAUAAGAAGAAGCCAGACGCUGUUCAGCCCGUGAAGAAGAAGGUCACCGCCAAGGUCAACCCGAACACGCCAUCGUCGCUGAACCUGAAUGCGCGCGUGGACGCAAGCGCGUCGUCUGCGUUCCACCAAGCCAACAUCUCCAACCCAAACCCAAAGAGCGUCGGCGGCGUAUCGGACAAGCAUCGCGUCCUGGUCGUGGGCGAUGGAGACUUCUCGUUUUCUCUGGCGUUGGCCACUCGACUGGGAGGCGAGAAGAUUGUAGCCACCGCAUACGACAGCGAAGCAGAGCUUCUGGCCAAGUAUCCCAAUGUAUCCGCCAACAUCCGCGGCUUAAAAGUCACUCAAGCAGACAUUCAUGUUGGCGUGGACGCAACCAACUUGGCGCGAGAGAGCUGGAUCCAAACGCUGACAUUUGACCGCAUUGUGUUUAACUUUCCGCACUUGGGUGGCGCUACAGAGGAAGACGUGGAGAGGAACCAGGAUCUGCUUUGGCGGUUCUUUCAGUCCUCCCGCAAGUACCUGGACAACUCAAAAGGCGAAGUGCAUGUGGCCCUUCGCAACACGCUGUUUUACAACCGGUGGGAUGUGACUGCCCAGGCGACCAAAGCUGGCUUGAAACUCAAACGAACGGAUCGGUUCAACGUGUCGUUGUAUCCAGGGUAUGAAGCACAGCGAACGCACCCCGCGUCAUUUCGAGGGGAACCCCCGUCGACGGACGGCGCGCGGACGUAUGUGUUUUCAAAGGAUUUGCAGUUUGUCGACCCAGUUGUUGAUGCAACUCCUACUCCUCCGUCGGUUGCCAAGAUCCCCGCCAAAGCUAAGUCGAGUGCGCCCAAGGCGGCCAAGGCAGAGAGCUGGAAGUGCGUGCCGUGCAAAGCAACGUUCAAUUUGCAAACCAAGUACAAUGCACACAUCAAUUCAGCCAAACACGCGAAAACGGUGAAAGCGCUCAAAGGCAAAAAGUAACCGCCACGAAUACUAUUACUAAUAGUAGUAUUAAUACCAUCACAGCUACUA